CCAGGUCUCCAGUGCAAUGCCUCCAUAGACCUGAUCGGUACAUGCUGGCCCCGGAGUGCUGUGGGGCAGGUGGUGGCUCGCCCUUGCCCCGAAUACUUCUACGGAGUCCGAUACAACACCACAAACAACGGGUACAGAGAAUGCCUCGUGAACGGGAGCUGGGCAGUGCGCGUCAAUUAUUCCCAGUGCCAGGAGAUUCUCAAUGAGGAGAGGAAGAGCAAGCUGCAUUACCAGAUUGCCGUCAUCAUAAAUUACCUGGGACACUGCGUCUCACUAGGGGCCCUGCUUCUUGCCUUUGUCCUCUUCAUGCGCUUGAGGAGCAUCAGGUGCCUGCGGAACAUCAUUCACUGGAACCUGAUCACAGCCUUCAUCUUACGAAAUGCCACCUGGUUCGUGGUGCAGCUCACCAUGAACCCAGCCGUGCAUGAAAGCAACGUGGCCUGGUGCCGCCUGGUCACAGCUGCCUACAAUUACUUCCACGUCACCAACUUCUUCUGGAUGUUCGGCGAGGGCUGCUACCUCCACACGGCCAUUGUGCUCACCUACUCCACCGACAAGCUCCGCAAAUGGAUGUUCAUCUGCAUCGGUUGGUGUAUCCCUUUUCCGAUCAUUAUUGCCUGGGCCCUUGGAAAGCUGUACUAUGACAAUGAGAAAUGCUGGUUUGGGAAGCGAGCAGGAGUCUAUACCGAUUAUAUCUACCAAGGCCCCAUGAUCCUGGUGCUUCUGAUCAACUUCAUCUUCUUAUUCAACAUCGUCCGAAUCCUCAUGACCAAGCUCCGAGCCUCGACCACCUCGGAGACCAUGCAGUACAGGAAAGCAGUGAAGGCCACCCUGGUCCUGCUGCCGCUGCUGGGCAUCACCUACAUGCUGUUCUUCGUGAAUCCGGGGGAAGACGAGAUCUCCCGGGUCGUUUUCAUCUACUUCAACUCCUUCCUGGAAUCUUUCCAGGGCUUCUUUGUCUCAGUCUUCUAUUGCUUCCUGAAUAGCGAGGUCCGUUCUGCCGUGCGGAAGAGAUGGCACCGGUGGCAGGACAAGCACUCCAUCCGCGCUCGCGUGGCCAGGGCCAUGUCCAUCCCUACAUCGCCGACACGCGUCAGCUUCCACAGCAUCAAGCAGUCGACGGCUGUCUGAGCGGGGAGGAAGCCUUCGCGCGAGAGGGGGGCCAAGGUUUGCAGCAGAGCCUCCACUGCUUGCACUGCAGACUGAGCACGGCCUGUGGGUCAUGUACU